AUGGCGCUGACUACUGGCCUGUCCCCUUCACCGCCACAGGAGACUGAAGAACAAGAUGGCCCACUCUCCGUAUGUACAGAUGACAUGGACUCGACCUUAGCCCCGUUCCGCAUGUAUCCCUCCCCGCCAGCUAUUCAGACCAGACUGCAAUCACUCCCUAGCGAACUCCUCCAGCUCAUUGUCGCCUACCUCGACACGCGCACGCUCAAGGAUGUCGCCCUCGUUUCCCAUACCCUCAAUCAACAUGCGACAGACAAACUCUGGCAGAAUGUCUGUUUAGCCGAUCAAUGGAAGCUACAUCUGAACGAGAAGACGGACCAAGUAUGGGGCGAUCGUGGCCACGGCGAGUCUGAUGAGCAUGACGACACCCCCAUUAUCCAGAAACUAUACAUACUGGCGACGAAUCCGACCAUUGCCUCCAAGGUCCACGUUGUAACACACCGCUGUCAUCUACCUACACCGAAUAUAUUCAACGAACUUCCGCGAAUGAGCUUCGACGCCGAGAACCUCUCGCAAGAUGCUCGCAUACAUGUUCUGGUUAAGCUUGCGCUUCGAAACUUGGUCAAUGUACACACCCUGAGGAUUGUCUAUGGCCACUGGAAACUCACAAACACCCUGGUUGCGGGGUUCCUCGAUGAAAGUCGACCCCGGCGCGUACCCCUGCGAAAACUAUGGUUGGAGAGCUGUUGCUUCGAUACAGGCACGCUGUACUGGUUUCUACCGAGCCAGACAACUGGGCUUGAAAGCAUUCGGCUGCGUAGGCUUGGAAACGCAUCCUUUGAUCUCAUACCACGACAACGCCUCAAUUUCAUGGAAUUCAAGCUAGCUCGAGGCGGACAUUACAUCCAAAUGCACAACGGUGCGGGUAGUUUUGUUGGAACCACAGUCCAAGUCGCACCAGACGGUUUGCCACCACGAUAUGCCCGGCCGUCAAUAGGGGAAUUGGUGGACAGGGGCAAAGCAUUGGAUGCCGCAAUAUGGGAAGAGCUUUGGGAGAUUAGGGAAUAUAUAGAUGCCAACCCGGUCAACUUGGACCCUAGGAUAUCGGAGGCACCCCCGCUCGACUCCAGACCGCUCACCGAGUGGAUUAUCGCCUGCUCCACAUCUACCCUUACAAGUCUGAAUUUGGACUGGAUACACUGGCGGAAGAAGUGGAACUCGCAUUAUGAAUCCGCAAACUCUAGCCUGUUCCUAACCUCGCUCAGCAAACUGCGGUUCCCUCAGCUCCGUGCGUUCCAGAUCCGUAAUGCUGUGAUGCCGCUCACGAGACUGCCCGAUGGUAUUUACCUGCUAGAAGAUACCUUCCUAGGCUUCCUAGAGGCCCACCUUAAGAUACAAUGUCUGGGCUGGCCGAUGGACAAGGUUUACAGCCACGUAAAGCCGUCCGUCGACGUGCAGAACCGGUCACGGAAGCUAGUUGCUCAUCUAGCAACAAUGUUGACGGAUCUUCGCGUCGACGCACAGUAUAUGAGCAGCGGUGAACCACUCACAGACGACUGUGCAACAACAAGAGAGGUCCAGGAACGGACACGUCGUCACCGCUUCAUCGCAGAGUUCGUACCGCACAUGCGAAAACUCGAGCAAAUCAAGAUAGAAGGCGGAAUACCACGAGACGAAAAGCGCGAACUACUCCGCGCCCUACACUGGUGUUCGCUAAAGAAGAUUGUCAUGAUAGGCGUCUCGUUCCCCGUAGGAAACACUUGGGGAGCAGGGGCCCAACAACUCAAAGAAGUCGACCCAGGCCAAAGCGCCUCAGAUUUCGUCUACAACCUCGAAGAAGAAGAUGGAGCAGGUAUCCUAGCCGCCUACCGCCGCGGCUUUCCUAUGCUCUCAGACUUCCAAUUCGAACCAGACUACGGUUGGCCCCCACAAGCGCCUCUCCUACAAACAAUUGCCCUGCAUCACGCCUCCACAGUCGAAGAGCUCAAAAUCUGCGGCUGCAACGGCUGCCCCAUCCUCUCGUAUCCAAACCCCAUUACAAACCCCUUACUCGCCGGCCUCCGCUCCUUCGACAACCUAAAACAACUCGUCUUGUCCUUUUGGCUACUGACGUGGUACGAGGAUUCUUACAGAGACACGGAGAUUAUACAGUCGUGGUUAGAUGUGCGGUCGCCUUCUUCUACGGCUUUGACUGUAGUCACACCCCCCGCGUCUCCUGCUCACGAUCAAGCCGUCGACCCGGGACAAUACCCUACUUUUGCUAAUCCGCGUGUUCGUCCGCGGCCUCAGGAAUUCAAUCGUUGGGCUGUUGCGCUCAAGACAAAGUUCUCGCCCUCUGCGCUGGCGUAUCGAGUGGCGAGGGAUAUCGGGCCCUUCUUGAGUCCGUUGGCAAAGGAGCGCAAGGGUGGUGUGAGGGUGAGGGGCAGUUUCUGUCUGGGUGUCAAGGACGAGAGGAGGGUUGCUAAUGACAUAUUUGACUUGGAUAUUAGAAUUGGGAGCGGAGAUCAGGUAUUGGAAUUUGUGGGGCCGAGGGAGGAAGGGGAGACGGGAAGGUGGUGGACGAAGCUUGAGCAGAGGCGCUGGUUUUGA